CAUUAUCUGUUAAUACGGCUUGCAAGGUUGUUAUUUUUAUCCCAGUUCAUUAAUGGAUAUUUUACAGGAAAAGCAAUAAGGUCGCAGCAUAACAAAGGAGGAUAUUUAUUAACAAAACGUUUAGCUGGUCAAAGAUCAAUAAAAGUACAAGUCACUCGGCAAUAAAUUAGCUUAUAACACUGCAAUUUGACAAGCACUGACCAACACCAUACACGCAACUUUGACUCAGUUAAACCAGUUUGCAACAUUGCCAUGUUUCUCUAGCUUGUAACGAAAUUGCUGGUUUUGUGAAAUGGAGACGCCUUGUAAUAUUUGGUAAAUUAACCGGCGGAAGUUUUAGCAAAAUAAACAAAGUAGAGGAGACCAAAUGUUCCGUUAUAUAUUAAGUAACAAUAAAUUAUUGAUUAUGAUGGAAAUUUUCCAGUUCCAGCAGUGCUGUUUAAUAUUAACGCUGCGACUGGUUGAUUUACUUUUAACAUGAUUAGUCUUCAGUUGGAAAUGAAACAUUUCUUCGUUGUAUUGUGCCGAGCAGGAAAGGAAUGUGCAGGUAGCGACAAAGCUCGGCAACAUUGCAAAUCGUGAAUCAACUCUGCUUCACGUUUUAUUGUCAUCUCAUACAAAGUGUUCGGGUUAAUACGUUUAUUAGUGGACUAUUGUAGAAUGUGUGUUCGGGAAAAGUUUUUCUCGUCUUUCCGCCGAAUCAAGCGGAAGGAUGUCUCUAACAAACCGAUUUUAAUAAAUGACGAUGCUGAAGUUCUGAAUGUAAAUUAGGAAGGGGUGUAGUCCCGAAUAAAAUUUGAUUUUACGCCACUGCCUUCCAACUUUCGCAAGACUAUUAAGGAAUCGAUAAAGAUAUUUUACUCCUGCAUGGUGGAGUACCAAGGACGUGAUGAAGAUGGCACACCGGCUUAUAGUCCUGAUGGUGCUUUGGAGUCUGGCAUCUGCGAAUAACGACGACUGGGAAAAAAAGUGCAACAAGUGCAAGUGCGUUUGGUCGAACGGUAAAAGGACAGCAGAUUGUACGAAUCGCGAUUUUAGCGAAAUACCGAAAGAUUUGAGUUCGGAAAUCCGCGAAAUAGACUUUUCGAAUAACCCUUUGCAUUAUUUAGGCCGUGAAGUGUUUGUGAAUGCGGAGCUUAGAGACAUUCAUAAGUUAAGGUUCGUCAACUGUAGUAUAAGUGCAAUGGACGACACUGCCUUCAAGGGCCUAGUUUUACUAAUCGAAUUGGAUUUAUCGCGCAAUUCAAUCGGGCUUUUAACAUCGAAGAUCUUCGAAGAGAACCGCAAAUUAAGGAUUUUAUCCUUGAGUCACAAUAAAGUGAAGAGGUUGGACCAGGGGUUGUUUUACAAUAUGACACAUCUGCAGAGAUUAUCCUUAGACCAUAACGAAAUUGAGUAUAUCAAUGACUCGGCGUUUUUCCUUCUCCCAGCGCUCCAGCAUCUCAACUUGGCUUACAACAAGCUGACGGUGAUGAGUUCCGACUUUUUGGACAAUUUCCCGAAAAUUGUCAGUUUGAAUCUCGAAUCCAACCCCUGGAUCUGCGACUGCCGCCUCCAGGAGUUCCGAAAUCAAACCAAAAGGGCCAAUUUAAUAACGACCCAGACCCAGUGUGCCGAGCCGCCCCUUCUGAAGGGGCGGUUAUGGACCGAUGACAACAUCGUCUUCGCUUGUGUGCCCCAGAUCGUGGAGCCGCUCCCAAGCACCCACAUCGAGGCCACCACCAGCAACAUAACCCUCACUUGCCGCGUCCUGGGCGACCCCCAGCCCGACGUCGACUGGGUCUCCAACGGGCGAAUAAUCGACCGAGACCCCCGACUCAACACCCAACGCUUCAUCACUUCCAAACGCAAAGUCGGAGACUACACGUGGAAUAAUUUGACAAUAACAAACGUGAAUUACCGCGACAAGGGCGAGUAUAAAUGCGUCGCGAAAAAUCCGGGAGGUUCCGACGAGAAAAACGUCAGUUUGAUCGUCUCCUCCAUCGGGGGGAUUGGGGGAGGGGGCCCGCUGGCCUUCGGGGCGACCCUCCCCCUCGUGAUAGCGUUGAGUAUCGGCGGAGUGAUCGCCCUCGUGGUGAUCCUCAUCCUCGUGUGCUGCUGCUGCAGGAAGAGCACGCACGGGAUGGCGACCAAGAGGAGGGACCUGCAGGACUCCUCCGACGAGUGUAUAAGACUUCACGGGCAGCCGGACAUGGAGAAGGCGCUCAUUACGGACGUUAACCCCGUGAUGAAGCCGCCCAGAAUCUGUUCAGUGCCCCCGUCGGUGAACAGCGGAGGUACGGAAGUUAGCGAAGCAAAAAAGAAUCUCCUAGACAGCGACUCGGUUUUUGCAGGCGACGACGAAUCCCGUUCGUUCGACUUCGACAUGCCGCCGUACCGCAAAUCGCAGACCCUCCUGGAGCCGGAUUACCGCGGUAAUCACACCUACCCUCCAGACCUUCUUCCCUUCCCGCCCCGUAUGUGCCAGGUGUCCCCGGCCGGUAGUUCCGCCUCGACGGUAGCAGACACAUCCCGUUUACCAGCACACCACGGCCCACAAUCGCCACUACACAGUCCACUGUACGACUCCAACACCCUGUACCGAACUCUUCCUUACUCCAGAUCGCAAUCGCCGUUCGUGGGGCCCCCCGCCCGAGUGCCCCGUCAGGGCUACGUGACGAUACCCCGGCGCCCCCGGCAGCGGUGGAGCACCGACACCCCCACCACCUCCGACGUGGAGGAGCCCCUCUACGACAACCUGGGGCUGCGCACCACCGUGGACGGCAGCUCGGCUCUGUCCUUGAACAAGCUGGGGGAGGCCACCACCCCCAAGUCGAUACGGCUCUUCCCCAUGAGCCCCUCCAGCUGCGACCCCAUCGCGGAGAACGAGCCGCCCCCCGCAGCCCCCAAGCUGUCUCCGUCGAGCACGCAGUGGGCCAAGGCGAACGCCGAGGCGUUGAGGAGUCCCGACAACAGGAGGAACUCGCUCCCAGAUGGAGGGAAGGUGAAAGUAGCGCCGGUCCCUCCGCCUAAACCUAAAAAAAGGACUUCGACGGGACCACUAUUCGAAGAUGAAGGUGAAGACGGGACAGAAGUGUGAGAAUGGCUCAAACUGGUGCGCGCAGCACUGGUGACUUGUUAAAUAGUGGUGCUAAAAGUGCGGACCAAGUGUCUGGACACAGGGUUUAUCGGACGAUUUUUUAUGAAAUUUUUCUGUGCCUUAACGACGAAAUCGAUUUAAAGUUCUAUAGCUGGUGUAUCUAGUGCUUGACCCUUCGUGUGUGUUUCCUACGGGCUUCCAUGGACGCGUGUGUCGUAGCGCAUUUUCGAAAUGAUAGAGAGGGUGGAGUGUCCGUCGCAGCUAGGAAAGUUAUGAUCUCAAAACCGUUUGUGCAUAGACAAACAGCGCUGUGAUUGAUGGCACCGCAACAGUAUUAUUAAUUUAGAUAAACAAGAGCUUGAUGCGCGCUAUCUCUAUCGUCUCGGCGAAAUUUCUCAGAAAUUGUUGUAGUGGAUGAACUGUGAUCUUUUGACAGUUACAAAUCGGUUAGGUUCAGCCAGAUGUAAAGAGCGCUUUCACGGCAGUAGAGCCUUUAUUAGCCUGCAUACAGUAUCAUUGUUUAUGCGUCAUUAUGUCCCUUAUAUUGACUUGAGAUAAUGGAACCGAGCAAACGACGGACGUGAACGCGCUCUUCGAGAUCAUACAUACAUUCAUAGUUCUUGCUUUUUGGUGUUCCACUUUUUAAUAAGAGACCCAAACCUACCCUACUUUUCAAAUCGUCGCUUGUAAUUAACUACAAAACUAUUAUUGUACUAUCAAAUUGUAUAUAGUUACAUAUUUUCUAUGACUGUACUGUAUAUUCAUUUUAAAAUAUAGAGCUAAGUGUAACGAAAUCUACAUAAACGAUCAAUAAAAAGAAUAUUACAGUUA